AUGCCGCUUUCUAUCUUUAUGUGGUUGAAUUUAGCUCCAUUAAAGAAGUCGGCGGUGAGGUUUGCCUUAGCCAAUAAAAGUGUGAUCACGGUAACAGGAAUAGCCGAAGAUGUACUUGUGGCGAUCGAGGAUUUGGUUUUUCCGGUUGACUUUUACAUCCUUGAAAUGCCUCCAACAGAAAAUAGAAGCUCAUCCUCCGUUCUACUUGGUAGACCCUUCCUUAAGACCUUUAAAUUCAAGUUAGAUGCCUUCACCGGCAUAUAUUCCUUUGAGGUUGGUGACAAGACUAUCAAGUUCAAUUUAGAAGAAGCCAUGAAGCAUCCUCCCGAAGAGCAUUCUGUUCUCCGAUGUGAUGUAAUCGAUGAAGUGGUAGCGGAAGUGCGAGAAGAAGACCAUAACAAGUUAUGCUACCAUAUUGUUAAAGAGAUGGAUGACCAAGAGGGUGAAAAUGAGAAAGUUGUUGAGAAUGAACUUCGUGAGCUUGACGAAAAGUCAAAAGAAAGAAAAGGGUUAGGAGGAAACGGGAAGAAGGAGAGGGGAGACGGGAGGAACGGCGCCGGUAAGGAGCCACCAUUGCCGCCGCUUCACAAAGAGAGGAAGAGCGCGAGCCAGGGCACGCGAGACGGGUCGCCGCUGCGCCGCCCAGGACAGCCAUCACGUUGCGUCGCCGUCUGCACCAGCGCCGAGGAAACCGCGCGGGAAGGAGAGACGCACGAAGGAGAGAGCGGAUUUGAGGCCGAGCUAAGGUCCAGCCACCGCGUCGGAGCCCUUUUCACGUCGCCGGCAUUGCUGUCGAGCCCUGACGCCAUUGAUGGAGGACGCCGUCGCGAGGAGAAGCGUCGCCUCGCCGUCGUUGUUGGUGAGCCCAACCGCUGCCGAUUUGGUCUGAGCGAGAGAGAGAACGCGAACAGAGGGCAAGCUGGGGAGCCACCGCUGCUGUUUGCUAUACCCACAGUGCUCCCUAUCACCUCCGCUAUCUGGAACUGCGCCGCCUUGCCUGGCUGCCGGGGAACGCCAUUUUCGUCGCCGGAAGAACACUGUUGCAGUCAUUUGAGUCGCGUAGAGGGAGAAAGAGCCACUGGGGGUCGCCGCACCUGGCCUUCGUCGCCUCUGUCACCGGAAACAGCCACCGAGUCCUCUGUUUUGGGUUGUGGAUUCGUGCUUGUAUUCUGUGCUCGGAGUUGUAGCCGCCUCGUUUUGUUAUCCGAAGCUGUUUAUGCUGCUGCAAAAAUGUGUGGGCUGUGCUUUGAAGCUGCCUUUGAUUUUGGGUGGAGGCGAAAAGGACUCGGUGAAGCGUUUGGGUUAUGAAAUUUGCAUUUUGAGGAUAUGGGCGCAGAAGUUACGAAGAAUUUAUUUAGUUAUUGUUGUGAUGUUCUGUAUUGAUUUAGCUUAUUAAUUAUUGUACCCUCGCCUUUAUCUUGAUAUAUUCUAUAAGAGGGAUAGGAAUUGUAUUGGUUAAUGUCUGUAAUAUUAUUUGUAUAUGUAUGUAUAUAUAUGGAUGUACUCUUCAUGAGUUUUGUAA